AUGACAAGUGCCGAAGGAUAUACAUCCGAGUCCAUUGCAUUAGCAGUGGCCCCUAAAGUACCCGCUCUAUUGAGCUUGGGAGGCUCCAUUUACAUUGUAUGGAGUGUGCUUUCAUCAAGAGAGAAGAGGUCCAACAUAUACCAUCGGCUAAUGCUCGGUCUCUCGUGCUCUGAUAUUUUAUCGAGCCACAUUUACUUCCUCGGAACUUGGUUGAUUCCUCGAGGAAGCUCGGGGCCUUUUGGAGAUGUUUACAUGGCUUUCGGAACACCAGAAACUUGUUCCUAUUCUGGUUUCUUCAACCAGCUGGCAGUCGCUUCCCCGCUAUACAAUGUAUCACUUUCCAUCUACUACUUGCUCCACAUUCAGCAGGGUUGGAAGGAAAAUUCCUUGAAAAAGAUCGAGCCACUAUUUCAUGUUAUCCCCGCGUUGUUUGCGGUUGGAACAGCAAUCUCGGCGGCAGUUGGAGAGAUGUAUGGGAACGUUUUCUGGACAUGUUGGAUCAAUCCAGAUCCGCCGCAGAAAUAUUUUCGAUACUUCCAAUGGUCUUUUCUAUUUGCUCCUGUGUGGAUAUGUAUUUUGAUUCAGCUUAGUGUCAUGACGACGCUGUGGUGGACAAUGCGAAAGCAAGAACGACUGAUAUCUCGAAAGUAUGCAUUAAAGGCGCCAACGAUGACUGGUGUAAUCACUCAAAAUAUCAACAACAGCACUGUAAAUGGAGGGGACGGUACAGCGACCGCCGAUCAAUCGACAUCUUUCGGUGAUAAUAGCGCCAGUCUGGCAUUUUCAGCAAAAGAUGAUCGCAAAAGGCGGAGCAUAAAUGAGGAAGGAAAAUACUCUUCGCGGAUCGCAGUUCAAGGAUCACUUUAUGUGCUAGCGUUUUGCAUUACGUGGUUCUUUCCCACUGUCCAGCGUAUCAUCGAGCUGGGCAAUGGUACCAAUUACUUUGCAAUACAAGCUUUAGAUACUACGCUUCUGCCACUUCAAGGGUUCUUGAACGUAUUGAUCUAUCUACGCCCGAAAUACACGACUUAUAGACGCAAGUAUCCAGAUCUAUCAGCUGGUACUAUUUUGACGAUCAUCCGUGAUCCUAAAAAAGAACGGAGUCUUGUGCUUGAACGUCGCUCAAUGGCCACGAGUUCGAGAGGUCGAAGAACAAAGUCGGCGGAUAACAGCAGAAUAUCAGUCCCAUCCAAUGUCUCUCCCAAUCAAAGCUCAGAUGAAGGGCACUCUAUCAUUCCAGACCAAAUGGAGAGUGGCGUCAUUUCGGUGGAUGGUGACGAUGAGUCUGAAAAAACCAACAAGACCGAAGAAUCUAAAGACGUCCAGAUGAAGAAGUCCAAUGGUACCACAAAGCCGAUAGGGACCAGUAAUGUGAGUCGGAUUGACAUGGUGGGAAGAAUUCAGUCUGUAAGUUCCUCGGUGGACGAGGAAUCCGACCUUAGUUUAUGA